AUGUAUUCUCUGAAAGGAUUCUCACGAUUAUAUACUUUGACUAGGUCUGCUUCUGGAAUAUCACAGGCCUCUAGAAGGUUCUUCAUGGGGUCAAUGAAGUCCAGGCCUACAUUGACAGCAUCAAGCCCCUCUUAUAGCAGCAUUUUUAAAAACCAAGUUGCAAGAUCUCAUAAAUUAACAUUAUUUAAUCAGGCUUCACAGAGGCAUUUUUCAGAUCAGACUGAUAAGCCAGGAAGUUACGGAAUGUUUGAGGAACUCAGGGAAGAAGAUGACUCAAGAGCAGCAUCAGCUAAGAACCUGAGUCUUCAGUUGAUAAACACAGAAACCUCUCAUCACGUUCUAAACAUUUUUGAAAGAGAUUUCUUGAAAGCUGGUAAAGACCCAAUCUAUGCAGAAGAGCUUUGCCUCCUCCUUCAUUUUGUAGUCAAGCAUAUGGGAGAAGUAGCUGGAGAUAUUCGGCUUGAUAGCUUACUCAGAAUGCUUUUCCAAAGAUUCGAAAAUGUUGAUUUUGAAUACUGACAGACAACUGUUUGGUCCCUUGGCGUCUUAGUCAGCUUUAGAGGACUUCACAUCAAACUUGAAACGAAGAAGAAAAUUUUGGCAGAGUUAGCAAAACAUGAGGUCCCUGAAGAGCAAAUUAUGAAUAUUCCUUCAUUGGUAUUCUCCCUUUCAACAUUUUUCUCCCCACAAGAGAUUGACUCUGAAGUUCAUGAUGUGAUGAAGAAGUUGAUUACGACUUAUUUGAACUCAGACCAGGAAUCAAUGCAGGCUGUUCAUGCCUCUACUUUAUUAAUCGGGCUGAGUAGGGCUAAUUACCAUAAUGAAGAGUUCCUUCAUAAAAUUGCUACUGAAAUGAAGAGACCAAGAUUCUUCUUUACUGCUGCAGAAGCAGAUAUUGUUAAUAUUGUCAGUAGUCUGGCUGAGCUUCACUAUAAAGAUGAAGAACUUCUUAAAGCCAUUCAUGAAGAUAUUCAAAUGAAAGUGGAUGAAAUGAAACCAUAUCAUGUGUUGGUAUUGGCUCAAUCAUAUGCAAGAUUGAUUCCUAAUAAAAAAGAGUAUUACAUUGAUAUCGCACCAAGACUUGUUGAAGUAUGCGAGAUGAAACCAGAAAUCUUUGACACUGCUCUUUAUGCAAAUCAAUGGUUAACAUUAGCAUGCUUCAGAGGAGAAGAAAGUGAUGGCAGGAUUUUUGGAAUAGCUAAAACUUUCCAAAAAGUGAUGAAUACACAAGAUAGGUUCUCUUAUAAAGAUUUCUCAACAAGCGAGGCAUCUAAUAUCCUUGUAGCAAUAACUUCUUUGAAUGCGAUCUCUCAAACUAAAUCCCUCUCGGUGAAAUUUACCAAGCCUUUCGUUGGUAUCCUAGCCAAAGGGUUAAAAGAGAUGCAAACAAUGGACUUGAUAAACACAGCCAAGACUUCUUACUACCUUCGUGAGUUUCCUGAAUUUGCUGACUUUUAUCAUUCUGUACACAGUCAGUUAGUGCAGAGACUUACUAGCCUGAGUGAAGCACAAAGAGCAGCUUUGGACAAGAUCUACACAGAUCAUGGACUCUUGCCUCAUAGCCCAUUUAUGAAGAAAAUGUAGAGAGUGUUCAAUUUUUGUCACAAAUUUAAACAGGCUGAACGACUCUUCUCUUUGUAAUAUUC